CGCGACUAGUCGUCAUUUUCAAGAAGGAACCCCAAGCUGCCAAAAAACUACCGACCCAUUGCUAUUCUUCCCGUCCUCUACAAAUUCUUUGCCCGCAUGUUGUGCAAUUGAUUGGGGCCGCUCAUCGUGAAGCACCAACCGCCGGACCAGGCUGCGUAUCGCUCUGGCUACUCCACAGAGGGUCAUCUGCUGACUCUCGCCAUCUUGGUGGAGGCGUGCGAAGAGUGGCGGCAGGAGCUAUGGCUAGCGCUGGUUGCCUUCGAAAAGGCUUUCGACACUGUCGAGCACGAGGCACUGUGGAAAGUGUUGCGCGACUUCGGCAUCGAGGAGGGGUGCGUCUCUUUGUUGCGCAAGCUGUGUAGAGACCAGACCGCCACGGUGCUCGCAGGGGAAGAAUCCAGGCAGUUCUCGUUGGGCAGAGGUGUAAAGCAAGGAGACUCGAUCAGCGCCCUUCUUUUCUCGCUGUCAUGGAGAGGUGCUCCUGGAGUCUGAAGAGCAAGUGGGGCUCUCUGAACAAGCGAAGAACUGGUCAGUAUUCCGGUUUCGUCAUUGACGAUCCUUGCCACUCCUUGACAAACUUAAGAUUCGCAGAUGACGUGCUUCUCUUUGCCCAGAGCCAACGUGAUGCGGCAAACAUGCUGUCCCACCUACAGCAAGAAGCUGCGCAGUACGGGCUCAUCGUUCACCCGGACAAGACCAAGGUGCUCGCGAAUGUGGGCGUUAGAGUUGGUUCAACGGUGAGGAUGGGAGACGCUAGUGUAGAAGUUGUGCCGCCCACUGGUUCUGAGAGAUAUCCGGGGCGCAUGAUCUGCCUGGGCGAGUGCCGUGACACAGAAAUCGCCGAUCGAAUGGCAGCUGCGUGGAGAGCUUUUGCCAAGUUCAAGCGCAUUCUAUGUUCGAGGCGACGUGCUUUGGCUUCGAGACUCAAGCUGUUUGACACAGUGGUUGCGCCUGCUGCUCUGUGCGGGUCGUCAGCCUGGACUGUAAAGGAGGAGCGACUGCUGACCACAUGGCGGAAGAUGCUUCGUAAGAUCGUUCAGGCUCCCAGACGCCGUCAAGAGACAUGGGUGGAGUACGUGACCCGGCCCACCCGGGAGUGCGAUAAGUACAUGUAAAAACUCGGCAGAAGGGAUCGGGCAGCUGUUCAGAAGGACCGCAAGAGCAAUCUCGCUACUGCAACUUCCAAUGACACCCGGGGCAAAUGGAGCACGACCGCGCAGCGACCGCUGGGGCGACCCCGGAAGAGGUGGGGAGACGCUGAUUGAGGCUUCUGCCAGCCCUUUGCAAAUUUUGGCUCAGUGCAUCCUUCUCCUUCUCUCUCCUCCUCUCUCUUCUGCCCCGUGCACCCUUUGCUCGCCGAUUGCCAAGUUUGCCGGCUGUGCCGGGCCAAAGGCCCAAAGGCGCCGCCCGUCUGGGCGGAACGCACCCGCUCGCUCGCUCGCUCGCUGCCUGAAAGGGUCUGUCCUUCGUCUGCAGAGGAACUCGUCUGCUCCUUCCGAGGUGCACGCGUCAGAUA